UACGUAUGUCUGUAAUAUUUAAUUAUAAUAUGUACACAGUGGCUGAUUUAAUCAUUGAAAUAUGAUUAAACUGAGCCGACCGUGGGCAGAAAGCGCUCCGUCUGGCCCUGCUCACAGUCUGCAGAUCCGGCGGGGUCAGCGGAGACCGAGGCCGACCCCAGCGGCUCGGAACCAGACAGACUCCUCUCAGCAGCCGGGCAGAAACACCCCCGGGCCGACCCUGUUGAUCCAGAGGCAGGAGAUGGUCGCCUUCUUCAGACUGUUCGAUGAUGAUCUAAUACAGGACUUUCUGUGGAUGGAUUGCUGCUGUAAACUUACAGACAAGUAUUUAUUGGCCAUGACAUUCGUGUACUUCAGGAGGGCUCGCUUCAGAAUCACUGAACACAGCAGAAUGAACUUCUUCCUCGCCCUCUAUCUGGCAAACACUAUGGAAGAGGAUGAGGAGGAAACCAAAUAUGAGAUCUUCCCCUGGGCUCUGGGAAAGAGCUGGAGGAAACAUUUCCCACGAUUCCUAAAGCAAAGAGACCAGUUGUGGGCACGCAUAGCGUACAGAGCGGCUGUCAGCAGACGAUGCUGUGAGGAGGUUAUGGCUAUUGUGCCAUCUCACUUCAUCUGGCAGCGUGAGCGUGCAGAGCAUCACAGUGGAGCCCAGAGACUGUACCAAAACCGUGAGGAGAUCCUCAUACCCCGCGGGCCCUCUGCUUCCCCAGAACCUUGUUUUCUCUGUGCCAAGACCUCUGCUCGUCCUGUGCCUCGUCCAUCCUCUACUGGAACCUGCUCUUCAUUUGUGCCAUUGAAGGCAACUGCACACAAGGCCCAAGCUUCACACAGGCCCAAGAUGCCCAAAGCUCAGCAUACCUGUAACUGUAUGACUAAAUCAGGUACAUUUACAGGAACUGAUGCAUGUCAAGAUCAUUCAAUGGACUGGAUCAGUGAGGAGUAGCUUGAUUACAACAUUAAACAGAUCAUAUAUGCCCGUUGACAGAUAAGAUGCACUUCACUUGUCUGAGGGCCAGAAUAGAGUGUCUCUAAACUGACCUUAUGAGAAAUGUACAGGGUUGGUGUGAAUAGGGUAAUAGUCAUGUACAUUGUUAACAUAUAAGUUGUAAAGAAUAUGUCAGAAAAUACGAUGUGACAUUUAUUUUACUAUCAUAAUCCUCAUCACUAUUUAUUCCUUGUUGUUGUACAAAGUACUUUGCUAUUUCUUUGGUGUGCAUUUUGUUACUCUCUUACGUCUUAGACGUAAGUGUGAAGGAAAUCUUUAGAUGUUAAACAUGGCAGGAUUAAGUCUGUCUUAAAUAAGCAUAACAUUUGGCUGAUAUAAAUAUAAAUAAACACCUAUGAAAUGUA